UAUACUCCGCUAUAUUCCGCUCACUACAUCCAGUCGCGGUUAACGGGCGUACGGUUGCCAGGAGAGGCGCGCGUGCAGCAGAGUAGUGUACAGUUUUAACGGCAGAGCGGCACGGGCUCUCCCCCGCCAUUUCCUCGUGCCGAGCCCUGGAAUGUCGAGUAGCGGCUCGGGCUCUUCCUCGCGGAAGGAGUUCGAUGUGAAGCAGAUCCUCAGGAUCCGAUGGAGGUGGUUCGGUCACCCCGCGGUCCCUCCGACUCACUCCCCGCCGCUAGGAGACUACUUCGCCGGGCGAAGAGCGGGCGGCAGCUCCGGAGACGGGGCGUCAGUCAGCGGCUGUAGCAACUCGAAUUCAGCCAGCGCGAACCCCAGCGCUGGGGGUCACAGCGGGCUGGUGGCCAGCGGCAGCGCUGGGUCUAAUCUGUGUAGCGGCAGCAACAGAAAGUUUGCUGAUUCAACGGGGAGUCGGGGCGGACCGGGAGGAGCAGUUGGAGCGACGGGGAGCUCCUGCACCCGCUCCUUCAGCCAGCCAGAGUGCAGGAGCCCCACCGCCGCCGCGCUGUCGUGGGUCUCCCCGCCGCCUCAUCGUCGUUCCCGACCCGCGACGAGCAUGGAGUCCCCCGGCGAGGCUCCGAUGCCCCAGCUGGUACCUGAGCCAACCGCUCAUGUUGAGGUCGAGGAGGAGGCGGCGGCAGCACCAGCCGCGUCGGGCACCGAGGACAACCACCAAGAAACCGACUCCAGCUCGUGCAGGACGUCCAACAGCAGUGCCACGCUCUCCUCGUGCGUGUCCAUGGAGCCAUGUGCAUGUCCAGAGGAGUGCACGUUCACCGCUCUGUCCCACGCCAACUCCACCUUCUGCAAGAUGGAGGGCUACCUGAGGUCCCGGCAGCUGUGCGAUGUCGUACUGGUGGUGGGAGACAGGCGGAUACCUGCACACAGGCUGGUGCUCUCAUCCGUGUCGGACUACUUCGCGGCCAUGUUCACCAGCGAUGUGAGGGAGGCCAAGCAGGACGAGGUGAAGAUGGAAGGAGUGGACCCCGAUGCAUUGUGGGUCCUGGUGCAGUAUGCAUACACAGGCCGGCUCGAUUUGAGGGAGGACACCAUUGAGUCUCUGCUGUCUGCCUCCUGCCUACUGCAGCUGUUGCCAGUGGUUCAGGCUUGCUGUUCGUUCCUCAUGAAGCAGCUCCACCCCUCCAACUGUCUGGGCAUCCGCUCCUAUGCCGACGCUCAGGGCUGCAAUGACCUGCAGUGGGCCGCUCACACCUACACCAUGGAACACUUUUUAGAGGUGGUGGGAGGCCAGGAGUUCCUGUUGCUCCCAGUGGAGGAGAUGGAGAGGCUGAUCACGUCGGAUGACGUCAACGUGCCCGAUGAGGAGACCGUGGUAACCUCUUUGCUAACGUGGGUCCGCCAUGACGCCGCCAUGCGACAGCGUCACCUGCCCUUGCUGCUGGCUCACAUCCGACUGCCACUGCUGCAGCCACAGUUCUUGGCAGACCUGGAGUCCAACCCUCUGCUGCGGGACAGUAUGGAGUGCCAGCGACUGCUGAUGGAGGGCAUGAAGUAUCACCUCUUGCCCCAGCGCCAGCCUCUGCUUCAGAGUCCCCGCACCCGGCCCCGCAAGGCUACCGUCGGGGCCAUGUUCGCCGUAGGGGGCAUGGACGCUACGAAAGGUGCCACCAGUAUCGAGCAGUACUGCCUGCGUCGGGACACGUGGAGGCAGGUAGCCACCAUGAGUGGACGGAGGCUACAGUUUGGUGUAGCUGUCCUCGACGGCCGUCUCUAUGUGGUAGGCGGCCGAGAUGGACUCAAGACCCUCAACACUGUGGAGUGUUACAACCCUCACAGCAAGGCCUGGAGCGUCAUGCCUCCCAUGUCCACACACAGGCACGGCUUAGGCGUAGCCGUCCUAGAGGGGCCCAUGUACGCGGUAGGAGGACAUGAUGGCUGGAGCUACCUCAGCACAGUGGAAAGGUGGGACCCCCAAGCUCGACAGUGGAGCUUCGUCGCAAGUAUGGCAACACCCAGAAGCACAGUGGGAGUAGCUGUACUCAAUGGCAAGUAAGUAAACCCUCACACGUAUUGAUUGCUUCGCGCAUCCACGUAAAUCCAAGUAAAAUGUUCAAUUUAAGCACAUGCACUGUUUCAUUGCACAUGCUUUUUGUUUGUGUGGGACGUUUGUUUUGUUGACAUCUUGCUCUUGUCCUUAUGGAUGCUGUAUGCCCUCAUUCAAGAUGCUUUGGACAAAAGCCUCAGCCAAAUUGAUGCAAUUUAAUAGAUUGUUGACAUUUUUAGCAGAAAUGACACACAAAUUGCCUCACUGUACUUAAUCAUAAGAUAGUGUCAUUUAUACUGUAUAACUGUGUACUUAUAAAUACUGCACCACCCACCUCAUUAUUGUACCAAGCCACUGUGUGGCAUAGAAAUAGUGAAUUAAUAAACAAAAUCCAGUGUUUGUGGUUUGGAGAGCAGUGACCUAUGGAUUUUUAGCAUUUUAUAACAGCAUUUUUUAAAACCAAACACUUUUGGUCCUGCAGAAAGCACCGUAGUAUUUUCUCCUGGAGGAGAAAAAACAAAAUGUCUUUGUUGUGUGAGAACAUUCUUAGACCUCCACACUCUGCUUGUUCGAAAGCAUCACAGGUAAGGUUAUGUUACUGUAACCACUGUGCCUUUCCCGCGCGACGACACUCUGCUUGUUCGAAAGCAUCACAGGUAAGGUUAUGUUACUGUAACCACUGUGCCUUUCCCGCGCGACGCACUGCAGCAUCAAGCAGUAAUGGAAAAGGUGACAGCACUCACAGUCGCACAGCACACACGCACACAUGCACAAACGUGCAAAUGAACAGUGGGAUUCGUGAAGUUCAGGACUUGAAUCUCCUCACUUGCCUCGUAGUUCUCCUGCAGCCGACAGUAUGAGUUAUAAUUGCGAUGAAUAUUGCACCGUUGUUUUUAUUAUUCAGUGCCUCAUAGAGAUGCUACAGAGAAAGGCUUUUUAGAUGCUAAUUAAUACAGAAACAACUGAUUUGUGCUUAGCAUGCCCAGCAGUUGUGCGUGUGUAUGUGUGCGUGUGCGUGUGAGUGCGUGCGUGCACACAAGGCUGUGAGUGCAUGCAUGUGUUGUGUAUUCUCCAGGCUCUUUGCCUGAUGGAGCUCAUUACUCGCUUGACUGGUUCGGAUGCACUUCUUUCCUCGCCCCCUAACUCCACAUCAUGGAUGUACACACGCACAUACACACUCCCACUGACUGACUCCUCAGGGUUGUGAUGCCCCCAAGAGUUCUGGCUGAUUGAUUUUGCUCACCUCACUUUGUCACAGAAAUCCUGUAAAACCGCACCCACAUAAAUACACCCUUGCACCAUCUGUUUCGGUGUCGCUAAAUGUUUUGUGUGGCAGGUGUGUGUGUGUGUCUGUGUGUGUGUGUGUGUGUGUGUGUGUGUGUGUGUGUGU